AUGUUUUCUAUGUUGUUUGUAUUUUGGAUUAUAUUAUUAGUCAAUAGAAGUUUAUUUGUUAAAACAGCUUUUGUUAAUGAAAGUGCUUUGCAAGAUGAACAAGUCAUCAACAAUAAUCUAACACUUAUUGAAGAUGCAACACUUGCACAAACAACAAGUAGUGGAGAAAUCGAUACACCAUCAUUAUCAAUCGAUGAUGUGAUUGAAUUAAAUGUUGGUGGCCAAAAAAUAACUACAUUACGUUCAACUUUAACUGCUGUGCCCAGUUCGAAACUAGCUCGUAUGUUUAGUAAAGAUAAUACUGAAAAACAUUUACCUGUGGAUCAACAGGGUGCAGUAUUUUUUGAUUAUAAUCCAAUCUAUUUUAAUUAUUUACUUGAUCAAUUGAGAACUAUAAAACGGCAACCGGAAAAACCAGAAUAUCAACUCCAAUUUCAAGCUCCCUUUAUUGGUUCACAAUUGAAUUUUACACAUAUGCUUGUCGAUCUUGGAUUAACACGAAAAAUUCCUUCUAAAACCUGUAAUACUCAGAUUGAAAUUAAUAAAGGCAAUAAAUUCUUAACCGAUCAUUUCCUAUCACCCAGAGAAGGUGCACAUAUCAAUUUAACUAUAAGUUCUCUUGCCGGUUGGAAAGAAUGUCAUCGCAGUGCAUACAAUGUACCAUUCGAUUUAUCUGUAUUGAAAAAAUCAUGUAAUGGUAGUCAACUUCUGGUUGCUUGUCGUCCUGUUGAUAACAAGAAAAUUCUAACUCUGGCAGGCAUAGGAGAUAUGGAGGAUGUUUUACAUCCAUGUUUACCCAAACAAUGUAAUGCUAAUGAGAAACCAAAGAAGAAAAAUAAAAAAUUAACAUGUUCCGGUAAUCAUCAAUGUAUUACGCAAUCGAAACGAGGCGUAGGAUGGUAUAAUGCUAAUAAUCAAACAUGGGGUUUCGUACGUGGAUCUUUAUCCUUUAUGGUUAAUCCAUGUGAUGCUAGUGAUUUGGAUUCUGACUAUCGACUUUGUUGGACAUCACAAUCAGUGGCUAAACAAAAUGCUGGUGAUCGAUGUGGUAAUGCACAAAAUUUACAAAAUUCAAUCAAAUGGGAACGUCUUAUCUACUAUACUGUCUAA